UAAAAAUGUCAGAGUCUCACACACUGACGACGAAGGUCUGAUCCUGGCUUCCAGGGCGACUUUUGAGCAGCAAGGCAUUAAUACUGUACAUUCUGAUGGUUUUCAUGUUGUCAACGAUCAACUGAGAGAUAAACUACAUUCCUCUUAAGCCGAACGGGCCAGAAGUAGAAAAUGAAAUGGGAGAAAGAGGGCUCCAUCACUACAAAAUUAAGAUUGAGAAUGAUUACCAGCAAGGAGAGGAUUUGGUGGUCACAGUUAAAGGUGUAGGAGCAAGGGCUGACCCAGAUCUGUACAUUUCAACCAAAAGUGAUCCUGCUCCUUCUAGAGAGAAUCAUGAAUACUCUUGAGCAAAGAUAGGUGAAGAUGUCUGCACUAUUCCUUCGUCAGAUAUUUCUGUCGGGAAAAUAUUUUAUGUAACCACAAGUUGAUACAGAAAAUGAGGAUAUUCACUUAAGGCUGAGUUAUUGAAAGAGAUCCCCAUCAGGGUACAGAGAGACGUCUCUAUCGUGACUAGUUCUGCUGGUAAACGAAUCUUUGUCUUUAACAAUACCCAUGAAGGUGUUAAAGAUAUUUACAUUGUUGCCAGAUCUUCCAGCCCUACCUCUUCCAUGAGAAUGUUCCUGAAAAGUGGCAAAGAUGGAGCUCCUACUUCUGAAAACAUGAGGUCUGCUGAUGUCUGGGAGAAUGCAGUUGUCUUGAAGAUGACAAAUCAUACUAUUGAAAGCGUCAAAAAGGAUCAGACUUACAAAAUUUUGUUUGAAACAGAUCAAAGCGUCAAUGCAACACUGAGAGUAGACAUGGUUUAUAGAGACAGGCUGCUUCAGGAAGGAAAAAUAUAUGAUGAUUUCCUCUAUGCUCGAGAUAAGUCUUGUUAUAAGUAUAACAUCAAGAGUGCUGACAAAAAGUUCAGGGUCGGAGUUUAUUCAUUUUCUGGAAAUCCAGAUGUCUAUGUCACCCCUGAAACUGAAGAUAUUGAAAAUCUUGAUAAGUAUGAGUUCAAAGCUACUGAAGCAUCAGAUGAUGUCCUUGUAAUCACUCCAGAAGAUAGGAUGAAAAUUGGAGCCAAGAAAGGAUGGUACCACAUCUGUGUACUUGCUCAUAGCACUACGAGUUACAGACUCAGAGCUGUUGAAUCAAAUGAGAACUAUUUCCUCGAAGAUGGGAUUUCUGAGACAAAUGAAGUAAACACUGGUGAAGAUCAGGUCUUCUACUACACAGACUCAUCAUUAAUCAGAAACCUCAACCUUACUUUCACUCUAUCCACUCAUUCAGGCCCAACUCCACAAAUGUAUGUGAAAUUCUGUGGGAGAACUCCAGAUAAUCAAUGUCAGAUUACAGACAAAAAGGCAGAUGGAGUUCAAAAGUCUGUUCUUGUGCAUGGCCAGCUCUAUUCCUUCUUCAAGCAUAAGGGAGAAGGUUGCCGAAAAGAAACAGUUGAUCAGGCUCAUCCUUGUAUGUAUGUUAUCAUGGUGCAUUCACCUAAAACAAUGAUAGAGAGAGUCUCUCAUUUCUCUCUUGUUGCUCAUCAUAAUGAAACCACUCAUAUCAAACUCAGAGAAGGUAUAUCCAUGGAGGGUAUUGUUGAGCACAGUCAGUCAAAGUACUUCAGGUUCGUGAACAGAGAUUCUAAGGUUACUAAUGUCACAUUCACCCUAGUCAGCCAUCACGGAGAUGCAGACAUGUUUGUCUCUACACUUGACAAAUACCCAAAUUCAAAGAUUUUUGAGAAAAAGUCAGAUAUGAGCAGUAAAUUUGCUGAUGAAAUCACCUUCAAAAAGACUGAGAAUAGAGGAUCUCUUCUCGGAGUCUACUACAUUGCAGUGAAAGGUUAUGAGUAUACCUCCUUCAGUAUCAGAGCAACUCUUGCAAGAGAAGCAGGGGACUCUAACAAGACCAUUACUCCUAUCAGACUAAGAGAAGGCGUAUCUCACAAUGAAUUUAUGCAUGGCAAAGAUGACAAAAAGUACUUUAAAUUCAGAACUCACAUGAGAGGAGAUUCUAUCACGGAUAUUAGAAUAACUUUGACAGCUUCUACUGGAGAUUAUCAAUAUUUUGUCAAAUUUGGAUCCUAUCCAACAGAAAAUAACUACGACUAUGCUUCAUUUGAUGCUAGCGAUAUUGUAAUGAGGAAGGACGACGAAAAGUUUAAACCUAGAGGAACCAAAUAUAUUUUGGUCGUACCAAAUCCCAAAUUUGGCACAUUCCCAAACAAAGGAAGAUUUGCUCUCAAGUACUCUACAGGUGAUAGUAUUCAACCAAUAUCGAAGGAUACUCCUUUGCAUGGCAUCGUCAAGAUUGGAGAUUAUGAUUAUUACAGAUAUCACUCAAUCAGCCAAGUUGAUGAGUUAACUGUGGCUCUAACUCCACUUUCAGGGGAAUCUAAUUUAGUAGUGUCUAUUAAUUCCAACAACAGUUAUCCUACAACUGAAACUAAUGAUUAUCACUCUUCCAAAAUAGGCAAGGAUACUAUCACAAUGAGUGGAAGAGAUUUGUUCAAGGACAAUCCAACCUGUGACCCUCUUAAAGCAUUAGAAAAGAAAAUCAGCCCAUGAGAAAUCUACAUCGGAGUCUUCUGUGCUGAUAGCACUGACACGAUCAGUUCAAGAAAGAAUGAUUCCUGCUCAUUCUCUCUCAAAGUUUACUCUAAAGAUGGAGGUGUUCACCUUAUCCACGAUGGAAUUCCACAAAAAGACCAUGUUAAGGAGACUGAAGUUAUGACUUAUUACAUGCCGCUUGAUAAGGCUAAAGAUCUUUAUGUUUCAGCAAACGCUGAACUAGGAGAUAUCAAGCUCUAUGCAUCUUUUGGUGAUCUUUCUACUAAGAAUGCUGAAAUAAUGAAACCAACUAAAGAAGAACAUAUCAGAGGAAGCAAGGAAGUUGGUCAUUCUCAAAUGAUUCAUUUCAAAAGAAAUGAAGUCAAGGAGAACUGAGACGAAUUAGAAGAAUGCAUGGUUCUCAUAUCUGUCCAAGGAGCUGGGGCAGUAGAAUUCAACGAAUACUCUAUUACUGCAUACUACCACAUGAGAAGGUUGAUUCCUAAUUCUCCAUCAUUUGCUGUGAUUGAUGAAGGCACUAUGGCUUAUUUCAUGUACAAGUCAUACUGUGAGGAUUGCACAAUCUUCUUAUCAGCAGCUCCUUUUGCUAUUGAUUCUGACAUAGACAUGUAUUUAAACAUUGGAGCAGACAAAGACUUGCCUACAACAGAUUCUUAUGACAUUAAGAGAGAUGAAUGGUUUACUGAGCAUAUUGAAUUAGAUACACAAAAUGAGUUCUUUAAAAAGAAAAACAUUGAUACUAUGCAGAAUACUAUUCUGAUUGGCAUUUAUGCUAAAGAAAAUUCUAUAAUCUACAUUGAUGCUGAAGAGAGCAAAUCAAGAAUGAAAACUCUUUCUCAUGGUAAAGGAUUCCAUGUUGAACAGCCUGCUAAUGAUCAGAAGUUCUUCCAAUAUAUUCACAAAGGAGACAGUAGUAUCAAAUUUGAGCUCACCGGACUACAUGGAGAGGUUGACAUGAGAGUUAAUUGCUACAAUCCACACCAGCUUGAUCGCCCAAUGAGUGCUUACCUUCCACAAGAUCAAAGAACCUCAAAAUGGGAUACUAAUUCAAAACAAAGCACCAGCAUUGUUAUUGAAAAUGAAGAGGAAGAGUAUUGCAAGAAUGGGGUAUACCUCAUUGCAAUCACCUCAAUGGAGCAAGGUGCCAAAUACACUAUUGAGGCACAGAGAGGAGGAACUUUCACUAGUAAACAAAUCAAGAUCGGAGUUCCUAUAAAAGACCAAAUCUCAGAAGAGCACGAAAAACAGUAUAUGUUUGUACUUGACAAAAAGAAGCCAUUCAAAGUCACAGCUUCCAUAUAUGCAGGAAAAAUCAGCUUCUCAAUUGGAGAGGAGAAAGACUUUACUAGGCCUUUGUUUGAGUCUGAAGAUGAUCACAUUGAAGUAAGCAAAUCAGAUGUACAAAAAUUCAAAACUGGUCAGAAUAUUUACAUUAGAGUUAGAGGAGAAUUCGAUCAUUCAGAGUUUAUUCUAGUAGCCACUCAUGAUGAUUCUUACUCAAUUAUUCCAGACUCUUUCACCCAGACCUUCUCAAUAGAUCCUCUUGAUGAAGAUGGACUCAGACUUAUGUACUAUCCUCCAAAUGUUGACCACGAGUUGAAAAUUCAGGUCAAUUCAUUCACAGAUGCAGUCUAUUUCCAUGUUGAAAGGAAAAAGGAAUAUCUCUAUCAAAUUAAAAGUGACAAACUUGCCUUCCCCAAGCUUGACAUGAACAAAUUAGCACCUUGGUUUACUAAAAACUGGGAUUCUCACGCAAGACAUUACUCUGAAACUGUACAAAUGAAAAGUAAUAGAACUGACGAUUAUGUGAUUCUUUUCCUAAUAUCUCCUCAAAUUAUUGACAAAGAUUUAUUAAGAAAGGAGAAGAAAGAUAAGGUUAAAGUUACUGUGAACAUAAACUCACACCAGAUGAUCGUCUUGACUGCAAAUGUUGCUCAAGAAGUAUCUCUCUCCCCACAGGUGGGUGAUUAUGCUUACUUCAAAUUCUUCGCUAACGGUCGCAAAGACAUCGAAAUAAACCUCGUCCCUUGCAUGUGAAUGACAGAGAUGUUCGUCUACAAGACCUACAACCACGCUGUACAGCACAUCUCGUCCCUCGAAAGGAGCCAUGUAAUGACAAACGGUAUGAAAUCUAUCAUUCUCAAGAAGGCUUCUGGGCCUUACUUCAUUAAAGUCCAGACAGAUUCCAGUCCCGAGUGGGAGGAGACUAAGAACGCUGCUGAAUACUGCUCAUUCCAGCUAGUCUACUACGACAAGUCUCAUCCGAACUUCCACUACAGCAUCGGGAGCUACUACCCCGAGAAAGGAGGCGCCAUCGAAUACGACUGGCCUUCUCACGCCCAUCUCCACCUCCAAUGGGGAAGGAUCAUGAAGGAAGGUCCCUUCGAGACAGAGGUCUUCCCGACCAUUGGAAAUAUGCUCGUGUUCAAGGAAAAGAGCAUUUUCGCAAAUUCGAUUUGUGGGUUAAAACAUCAUAAAGCAAGACAUGAACCACUAUAUUUCGAGCCAGGGCUAUACAACCAGGAGAAGACAUUUAAUCUAAACGAAAUGCCUGAAUUAUAUAAACAAGAGUCCCUCACAUUCUACUUCUUUGCAUCUGUGAACAGAGAUGGAGCUUCAGUGAUGUACCAACCCACAACAGUCACAAUCGACAUCGGAUGGGUUGGUGGAAUCCCAUGGAUGCUAAUCCUUAUCGCCGUGGCCAUAAUUUCAAUCCUCUCCUAUGCAGUCUGGCAUUUCAAGAACAAAGCAGAUGUUACAAAAGAGAAGCUGGAUUAUGAGAUGAAUGACAUCCGUAAUGUUGCAAGGGUCCCUAAUGUUGAAGACUCUUCUGAAGACCAACCGAUUGGAUAAUUCCCACAAAUCUUCAUUUGGAGUCUAAAAGAGUUGUUCAGUAAAAUAUUUA